AUGUCUUCAUCAAUUAUAGCAAGUAUUCAAAGUGAUUUAACUCUUUAUGGAUAUUCAAUUACUAUGGUUUUUGGAAAUAUUGGUAAUAUAUUUGUGGUCAUAAUUCUUAGUCGACAACGUGAAAAUGCUUGUUCUAUUUAUUUAUUAAGUGCGGCUGUAGUGAAUAUUAUCUAUUUGACAUUCUACGGUUUUAUUCAAAUAUUUCCUGUUAAUUAUCGAAAUGUAACAACAACUGCAUUUGUAUUAUGUAAAAUAUAUUUAUAUAUAGCAGGCAUUCUAGGACAGUUAGCUAAAACAUUACUUGUCUUAGCAUCGAUUGAUCGUUUUUUAGUGACAAAUCGUCAUGCACUUGUCCGAGGAUAUAGUACACCUAAACGAGCAAAAUAUCUUGUAUUUUUUGGUUUUAUUUUCUGGUUAUUAUUGAGUAUUCAUCUUCCUAUCAUGACCACUAUUGUUAAUGGACAAUGUACUGGAGUUGGUAUUUAUGUCACUAUUCGUGCAAUUUAUGUACUCAUUUUUGUUGGAUUACUUCCACCAAUCAUGUUGAGUAUAUUUGGUUUUUUAACUUAUCGUAACAUGAGACAACUUCAUAAUCGUAUUCGACCAACGGCUAAUAAUGCAGAUACUCCAAUGCAGCGACGAGAUCGAGAUUUAUUAAAACUUGUCAUUUCAGAAACAGUCGUCUAUCUAAUUACAGCUGGUCCAUAUCCAUUAAUGUUUUUAGAAACGAUGAUUAGUCAAUAUGUUGUUCAAAAUAAAAGUAUUCAAUAUUCUCAAAUUGAAGUUUUUAUGCUUAAUAUUGUAACAUUUAUAUUAUUCAUUAAUAGUGCGGCACCUUUUUAUACAUAUAUAAUUGCAUCAAAAUCAUUUCGUCAUGAUUUUACACGAAUAAUUAUUAAUGGUUAUCGAAAAAUAAUAAGACUGUUUGUUUGA